AUGACUACAAUCCCUGCUCCCACCAUCGUACUCCCUAAGGAGGAGUGGGCCGACGCCGAUUUCGACCUUCCCGACGACGAUCCCAUCCAUGCAUCCGACGCUGAGUCGGACAAGGAGGAGGAGGAGGACUGGGAUAUGGAGAUGGAUCUGGGAAAGACGGGCGGAGCCAAGGCGCAGCUUGUCCUCAAGGGCAUGGCUGCGAGGUCAGGUUCGUCCAAAAAUGCUUCCCAGGUGUUCACCAUCCGUCCUCCGCCCCCACAAACCCAAUCUACCGACGAAGAAGACGACGAUGAGGGCGUGUCUACCAUCAAGGUAGCCGCACUACCCAAGGCUGCCUCUGCCAAACCACCGCAGAGUCCCAUCGACGAGGAUUUCGAGGAUGGCUUCGCCCUGCCGUCGGACCUUACCACACUCUCCCUCCGGCCUCUAUCUCUCGCUCACCGCACCUCUAAGUCAUCUCUCGAAUGGGGCGACAAGGACCAGACUUCGUCAUCUCAAUCUUCUGACACCUACUCCAACUUCGGCUUUGCAGAUAACUCGCCUUCAUCCAACUACACCUCGGCCUCUCUUCCGGAGACUGAGACGGACGAGGAUGAGGAAGAGGAUGAUAUCCUGGAUGGUCUUGACGUCCCAACAGGGCUCUUCGAGUCUGGAUCUGGUGCGAGGAAGCUAGGCAAGAUCCUCGAGCUCAAGAAGAAGACCGCCUUCGCCGACGACCGAUUGAAGGUCGUCUCCCCCGAUCCCGAGGAUGACUUCGAGAUUGGCCUCGAAAUAGGCAAUGAUACCGAGCUUAGUCCUAGUCGCCUGCUGCAGACCGCCCAGGCAGUCGUGCGACCCACCACAUCGUCUCGCAGCAAGAGCGCGCCACCACGGCCGCCCGUGGCACUCCGUCCGCCGUCACGGUUGAAGAGUGACCGCGCGAAGUCUCCCAAUAAUCCCCCCAUUUCCUCUAUGUCGCAACUGCGUCGGAUAACCGCUCCCGCCUCCCCUCCCCCGAGCAGGACAGCACAGCCCUAUCGCGCGCAGACGUACAGCCAGGCUGUUGCGUCUCCCUCCUCAAUGACCUUCCUCGCUGCUAAGCCGGGAAGCCUCCGUGUCCAGAAAUCGACGUCAGGACUUAAGCCUCCAUCGCCGCCGGUAUCGCGGAAACUUAGCCGCAAGGCUUCCCUACCGUCCAUGUCAGAAUCCAAUCAACCCCAAGCGUCAGGCUCUGGGUCGGGUUCUGCGGCUUUGGGCAAUGCUGCUGUUGCUCGCUACGAGACACCUACGGCGUCGUCCAGGGCGAAGGUGCAUACUGCUACGACAAGUCGCUUGCACGGCUUGGACUACUAUGUUCCGCCUACACGUCCCUCCACCCCGUCUUCCAAUCCUGCGGCGCUCCGACUGACAAUGCCUACGUCGUCGUCAAGAAUGAAGUCCCGCACGCCAAUUUCCAAUGUAUUUCCUCAACAAGCAGGCCCUACGUCUGCUCCUCCAGCCCGCGCUACAUCACCUCUGCCUCCUGCCCGUCCUCCUUCCCGUCCCCCGUCAGCUGCCUCAUUAGCCACAUCAGCGGCGUCACUGCGGGUGAAACAUUCCCCCAGCGCAAGUCUCCCUUCCGCGCCGAAGGUGCUGAAGAAGCCGAAACGAACACGCACGUACGGCGACGGGACGGAACUUGACUUGUUCGAGGAUCUCCCAACAGACCGUGAGAAGGAGGGCAAGUAUCGUGUACAGCCGAAAGGCUAUGGGAAUCGCGUACCCGGCGCGUCGUAUCCAAAAACUUCAGAGCCCUCAGCGACGGGCACGAUUCGGCGAAAAGCGACCCGCAAUUUCUCCGGAAGUGCGCCAGCUCCGAAGACGCUCAAACGCACCGCCCGGAUUGAGUUCCCGUCGAAGUCAACAGAACCGACAAAGCCGGAGUACACCAAGGAUGCGGAAGCGAAGAAGAGAAAGGUUACGUCUCCGCCACAUACCAGGAGAAAACCGACUCUUAUUCGCAACUUGGGUGGCGCUGGCGCGGCCAAAGGUACGAGGAUUGUCAGAUUGCGAAGAUCUGCACGAUACUCACACCUACACCACGCUGUAGUCGUCGGGGAGAUGAAAUGGAACCCAACCACAUUACGCUGGGAAGGGAACGACUCCGCUCUUAAGGAGUUCGACGCCGCGACAGUAUCGACUCGACCUGCCCUCAUCACCCACCUUACAGGGUCGUCCAUCGGCUCGCCAGUAGGGUCGUUUGCUUCUGGUGCCCGUGUUGUCGGCAACAUGAUCUUCGACCCCAGUCGCAUGUGCUGGAUAUCGACGCUCCCGCCAGAUGAGGAUGAGCCGGACGUCUUCGCCGAGCUCGCAGACGACGAAGAUGAUGAUGACUGGGAAACGAAGGGCGGCACGAUACGCCCUGGCCAGCAGCUUGUCGGAUCUCAAGGAUCCAUCGCCCCGUCCGACCAGUCGUCCAACUCCUCGGUCUCCCGUGUGGAGGCGCCCAGCCCGGCCCGAAGCCACACACGGAGCAUGUCCGAGUCCGAGAGCGACCGGUGCUCGCGGGCGUCGAUGGUCUGCGACGUCGACGACUCGUUCGUCGAGAAGUGCCGGCUCGCGGAAGAGCGCCACCGCUCGGAGCUCAAGAACUGGCUUUCCGUGGGCUACGAUGUCUUCGCCGACCCCGACCGCUCGUACUUGUACGAGAUCCGUGCGCUCGCCACGCGGCAGUAUUGA